AUGAAUUUAACUGAAUAUUACCUGAAUAUUUACCCAACAAAGUGCCCAGCCGACACAAGAUUUCUGGCUUCCAAAGAAGGUUUGAUAUUAACCUCGCGUACUGUUGGGGUGGUUUUUCUACCAGUUCAUAUUCUAACAACUUAUUGUGUUUUGAAGAAAACUCCAGCGAAUAUGAGUUCCGUGAAGUUCAGUCUGGAGAAUUUAAGCUUUUGGCUUUUCCUUUCCCAAAUCUUAUUUUCAUUUUUUAUGAUGCCAUCCUUCUAUCUUCCAGUUAUGGGUGGGACCACCGUUGGUUUUGCCACAGAUUUAGGUGUACCACUGGCUAUUCAAUUCUACAUGUUUUUUGCUUUGAGUAGUUUAAUAAUGAUUUCAAUUGUUCUUCAAUUCGAGAACCGGAGCAGUUUGAUUUUAAAGAACAAAGUUCGCAUUAACGGGACACGGCAUCGAAUUUAUUGGGUUUCCGCAAACUUUUUCACAAUAAUGUUUCUCUUAACUGUAACAUUUUUGAAUCUCCCUGAUCAGAAUCAAGCGAAAAUCGAUAUAUUGAAGACUCUUCCCUGUCCCACCAAGGAGUUCUUCACUGAGCCCUUCAUUAUGCUCGCCGCCCCUGGACUCUGGGAAGACUACAUGGUUACCACCACUUCAUUAUUGAAUAUGGGAUUUAUAUUUCAAGUUUCCCUCUUCUCCAGCUGCUGUAUUUAUUACCUAUUCAUCGAUAAAAGCUCAUUUGCAUCGCCGGAAACCCAAAAAGCUCAGGCUCGAUCGUUUAUUGGAAUUGUCCUGCAAACCUUCUUGCCUAUACUUUUAGUGGUUUUGGCUUUGGUGACAAUUUUGAAGAAGAACGGAGGCUAUGAUCAAGUUGCCAAUAAUCUUAUGUUUAUUUUCAUGGAUUUUCAUAGUGGCGUUGCGAGCUUGUCGAUUCUUUUGGUGCAACAUCCUUAUCGGAAGUUUUUGAUCUCGUUUUUGUGCAAGAAAAAGAAAGUUCAUCCGGUGAUUACGGUAUCUACGGUUUCUGUGUCUUCUUGA